CCAAAUUUAAAGAUGGUAACCCUUCAUCAAAUUACUGCAUUUUUUUACACAUAAAACUAAACUAGUAACCAUAGCGUUUUAGCCCUUCUUUUCUCUUUACUUCACGUGACUCUGACCAUGAAGCCCUGACAGCUGCUUCUCAGUUCUUACCUGCUUUGUCAUGAAGCGCUCCCUCGUCUCUCCCAUUAUCAUCCUCUCUCUCUCACACUCUCGAUUCCUUGGCUCUUACCUAUGGGGGAAUGAAAUGGACCAAUCACCCUUAUUCUGUUGAACAGGAGACGCAACAGAAACAGUGAGGAAGCCGUUUACUUGAGUUUCGCCAUUUCACCCCCUCAAAUAUUUGUGAAAAUGAUUCAUCCUCUUCUAUCAAAUGCUCUUUUUCUACUGUCGUUCAUCGCCAUACUAGGGGCUUCUAGCUCUUCUGGUUCGGUUGUGAACUUACUGCAGCCAUCUGAUGCCUCUGCACUUCUAGAUUUCAAGUCCAAAGCUGAUUUGAACGACCAUCUUCCGUACUCUCAAAAUACAAGCUUCCAUUUCUGUCAAUGGCCAGGAGUGAAAUGCUUCCAGCAAAAAGUGGUGCACUUUGUUCUCCAAGGCUUAGAUCUCGGCGGUGUUUUUGUCCCCAACUCUUUGACUCGGCUUGAUCAGCUUCGCGUCCUCAGUCUCCAGAACAACUCGCUCAACGGACCCAUUCCCGAUUUGUCCAAGCUUCUCAAUCUUAAAUCCCUCUUUCUCGAUCAUAACUAUUUUACUGGCUCUUUUCCUCCUUCACUCCAUUCCCUUCAUAGACUCCGCACUCUCGAUCUCUCCCACAACAAUCUAACUGGACCAAUACCCACCUGGCUAACUUCUCUGGACCGCUUGUACUACCUGCGCCUCGACUGGAACAGAUUCAAUGGCACUGUACCUCCAUUAAACCAGUCAUCUCUCCGAACCUUCAACAUUUCAUAUAACAACUUCACUGGUGCAAUCCCAGUUACCCCCACGUUACUUCGUUUUGAACUCUCUUCAUUUUUAUCUAAUCCAAGUCUUUGUGGAGAGAUUAUACACAAAGAAUGCCAUCCCAGUCCCCCAUUUUUCGGUCCAUCAUCGUCUUUACAACCAGUAUCGCCACCGCCCGCUGUUGCGCUAGGCCAAAGUGAAGAAUUGCACGGCGUAGACUUGUCAGAACCGAGCCCCAAAACCAAGCACAAGAAAACCGCAGUGAUCAUUGGUUUCUCAUCAGCAGUAUUUGUUCUCAUUGGUUCGCUUAUUUGCUUUGUGAUGGCUACGAGGAAACAGAGAAACCAAAAGCCAUCAACGGCUGCCGUUGCGUCUGAUGGUGCCGCUGCCGUUGCGGCCGCGACAGAAGCUGCCACAGUGAUGCAAAUAGACCUGCAAGAAAAUGAGUUGGAAGAGAAGGUGAAGAGGGUGCAAGGGAUGCAUGUAGGCAAGAGUGGGAGUUUGGUAUUCUGUGCGGGUGAGGCACAACUUUACACGCUGGAUCAGCUGAUGAGAGCUUCAGCUGAGUUGCUGGGGAGAGGCACCAUGGGGACCACUUACAAGGCCGUGUUAGAUAACCGUCUGAUUGUUUGCGUAAAGAGGCUUGAUGGUGCUAAAUUGGCGGGCACAAGCAAAGAUGUCUAUGAGCAGCACAUGGAAUCAGUGGGUGGACUCAGGCAUCCAAAUUUAGUUCCGCUCAGGGCAUAUUUUCAAGCCAGGGAAGAAAGACUUCUCAUCUAUGAUUACCAGCCCAACGGUAGCCUUUUCUCUCUCAUUCACGGUUCAAAAUCGUCGAGAGCGAAACCACUCCACUGGACCUCGUGCUUAAAGAUAGCAGAGGACGUAGCUCAAGGGCUCUCCUACAUCCACCAAGCAUGGAGGCUCGUCCACGGCAAUCUCAAGUCCUCUAAUGUCCUUCUCGGGCCCGAUUUCGAGGCAUGUAUUGGGGACUACUGCCUCGCUCUUCUCGCCACUUCAUUACCGGAGGAUGAUCCAGAGGCCUUGGCGUAUAAAGCUCCAGAAAGUCGCAAUUCAAAUCACCAACCCACCUCUAAAUCUGAUGUGUUUUCGUUUGGAAUUCUGUUGCUUGAGCUUUUAACCGGAAAGUCUCCAUCACAGCUUCCUUUUUUAGUGCCAAAUGAAAUGGUGAAUUGGGUUAGGUCCACGAGGGAAGAUGAUGGUGGAGAAGACAAUAGGCUGGAGAUGCUUCUUGAAGUAGCUAUAUCUUGUAGCUUGACCUCACCGGAGCAGAGACCCACUAUGUGGCAGGUGUUGAAAAUGUUACAGGAGAUCAAAGAGAGUGUAUUAAUGGAGGAUAGUGAAUUGGACCAGCAUAUGGGCAUCUCCUAGUUAUCAUAAUUGUACCACAAGUUUUACUAAUGCAUAGAGUAAAGAAAUAGGUGAUAUAAAUGCGAUGCUGCCUUUUUUCCCUAGCAACUCUGCUACAUUACUUGUGGCGUUGCAGUUAGAUAGAUGCUGAUAUAAUUCUUGCAUAAUAUCAAACUGCCCAGCUAAGAUACUGAAAUUUUCAUGUCCACUGGAUAGCCUGAAAAUGAAAACAUGGAGUUUCCCUAUCCA